AUCCACCCCUGGUAGUACCACGUUUACGAGUAAUCAAUGGCGUGACAAGGCAUACCUAAAACUACUUGAGGAUCAUUAGUACAGCUGCGUUGAACGUGCAUUAAAAGUAACAUCCAUCCGAGGCUCGUACGGAUGCUUAGUUUCGUUCCGACCGGAUGACCGACUAACCGGAAUACGCCUCGACGCCACAGUAUCUGAUAACAGUUACACAUUUUUAUGUUACACCGUGCAGGAAAAUAAUAAUCUCCGCUGUUGUCGGUCAAGUGCAAAUACUCUGUGCCGCAUUAUUAGAUUCCGUUAAUAGGGCAGCCAUAAAACACUUCGAUCUCACGAACCGAUGGAAAAACAAACGGUGAAACGAUCUUGUGAUACAGUUACCGUAAAAAUAAAAUUACGGUGAACGCGAUGACAUGCGAGAAGCGAAAAUAAAUACGCCAUGGGACGAUGGGUACGUCGAGUUCAAACCACGUUUUAAUCUCCGACGAAAGAUGUGAAAAAGGACAAACUUAAAAAUGAGUAGCAGAGGAGCCGGGGACAUUCCAACGAUAUUUCAUCCCCAGCAAACUCACACCCCGAGUAUUGUUCUGACCGAUAGUCAGCAUGGAUCACAAAACAUUGCUGGUCAAACUACUCAUGACAAUCCUGGCUGUGAACAGCAACAAGGUUGCAAUGUUACCGGUGGUUGUGGUGAUUCUAUACCAAGUCGUCCUUUGGAGACAGGUGGAGGCGGUUCUGGUGACAAUCAGGGGCACAAUCCAAGCCAAACUCAGAUCCAGUCUCAUGUGACAGUACCGCCAGUUACUUACCCGCAAAGGCCUAGCUCUCUGUCCGCUUGUUACGCGUCCUGCUGUGCCGAAUCCGCCAAGAAGAUAUAUUUCGGAGUGUGUGUAACGAUAUGCGUCACGGCAAGUUGGGUCGGCGCGACGCAUUGUAUCAAAUAUUUAUAUUUUCACAAACACGAGUCUCCAAAUUAUUCAUCGUUCUCGAAUUUAUCCGUAACCGGACGUCAUCAGCAUACGAUUCCAUAUAAUGCCCCGUUCUUCACAACCUGGUUUUGCACGAACUGGGAGAUACUUUAUUUCCCAGUGUACUUUCUCUGUCAAUCGGCAAGAGUCAAAUGUAAUAGUCCAUCAGAAAUAAUUGCAGACAGUUUGCGAGGUUUCCGUGACAAGGGAUUCACCGGUGGUCGUUUUCUGAUCAGAUGUAGCCUCUUCUGCGGACUCUGGGUAGUUACCAAUUACAUGUACAUUUAUUCGCUCAGGAUACUGUUAGCGACCGACGUGAUGGCACUUUUCGCGACGAAUGUCUCCUGCGUCUACUUGCUGUCCUGGGUCAUCCUUCACGAACAGUUCGUCGGAGUAAGGAUAGUGGCCGUGAUUUUAUGCAACACCGGCAUUGCACUUUUAGCGUAUAUGGAUGGCAUAACCGGAAGCCCAACGUUAGGGGGUGUCGUUUUGGCAACAUCCGCGGCCGCUGGUUCAGCAGUUUACAAGGUGCUGUUUAAAAAAGUGAUAGGAGAAACUACGUUCGGUCAAAUGUCUUUGUUCUUUUCUCUUAUCGGGUUGUGUAACGCGGCGUUGUUGUGGCCGGUUUGCUUGGCUCUUUACUUCUCGGGGGCGGAGAGCAUCCACUGGGGACGGUUACCCUGGACAGCCCUGCUCUCGGCAAGCGUUCUGCACUUAGUUGCAAAUAUGCUCGGGAACUUCAGUAUUGCCCUGACCUAUGACCUGUUCAUAACGCUAGGACUGAUCACCGCCGUACCUGUGUCUGCUGCGUUGGAUGUCCUUUUAUACGGAGCCCAGUUUAUGGGAAUGAAACUGGCAGGAAUGAUAUUUAUAGCGGUCGGCUUCUUCCUCGUGAUGUUCCCGGACAACUGGCCUGACUACAUAACCAGGCUGCUCCGAAAUAUAGUCCUCAUGAGUCACAGUUCGAGUACCACGGGCGGGCAGCAACGAAGGACAACUAUUGCCAGAGGCCGGUGUCCCUCGAUGCAGCCACGGCAAUACCGGCUCCGAAGCUACGGUGUAUCGUCGGCACACGGCGACGGCCAAAUGCUGUUGCCGAUGAACAGCAGUAACACCGGCCAGGCAAACAGCACCCAGCCGGGGAACGAGGCGCCGGUGGCCACCGCCGCGAAUCUUACCCACCGGCGUCCCACUAUCUCGCCGCAGCAGAACGCGCCAUACGAAUCCCAGCCCCAACUCCAGCCACAGCCACCUCGCCGCAUACCCAUUCCCAUAUCGAACACAGCCUUGAUCGCGACCUCGACCACGACCACGACCUCGACCUCGACCUCGAACACGACGAACAGUCAUCAACGUUCCCAUCCUCUUGGCCUUCAGAACUGAACGCAAGGAGUCUGUACAUAUAUUCUUCCAGUGUGAAGUAUUGCUUAACUUGACGACCUCAAAUUACUCGCAAUCUCGUUGUAUGAUAACAUUACGAAUAUUGCUACAUGUAGUCUUCAUAUUCCCAAUGCUUUCACUGAAAUCGAGGAAGCACAGUCUUUAGACAUUGAAUAUAUGUAUACUGUAUUAUAAUAUGUACCCGUUAGUUUAAGUUAUCGACGAUUUUACGUGACACGUUUUACUUCGAUAAGACGACAAAUACGUACUACUGAAAUUGAUAGUGACUUAUUUAGAGAAACUUUAUACAUUUUUUGUUCUCAGAAAACCGUCUGUGUGUCGCCUGUCAGCGUAUCAAGAACUGCAUGGGGGAAACUUAUGUCGUACACAUUUUCGGUGGUUUUUUAUUUGUUAAUC